AUGUCUGGGUUGGUAUCUAAAUGGGCCACAGAGAGCCCCCUCGAUAGCAAGCCUGUCCAUCAAGAAACGAAGACCAAUCCCUCUCCAAAUAAAGAUAAAUGGAGCAAGCCCAUCACAUCCAAUAAAUCGCUGCCUUUGGUAAGCAAAUGGGCUUCUGCUCCAGACGAACCGGACCUUACACCCAUCGAAAUCGACCAACCAAAACACAGGCAGAGAAGAUCCAAGCACCAGGAUGUACCAGCCAGCCCCCCACUGUCUACAGAUGGCGAUUCCAGACGACACGGAAGGCAUGAUCGACACAGACGAAAAUCCAAGGACGAGACCAGGCCCAAAGGGGGCCGGAAUGGUGCUGAACCACCCGAGGAAAAGCUCCCACCCAUGACAGAUGCUGCCAAGUCGUUUGCAGCAAGACUUGGGGCGCUCAAGGGACCUGUGUCGCCACCUUCAUCCAGCGAGAGGCACGAGACCCAUCAUCACUCCCACGAAAAUUCAGGUAGGAAGGCACCACUGCUCCAGAACAAUCCACUCGCGGCCAGGCUUGGGUUGGAUCCUGAGAAGCCAAAGGGAAGGGGACAACAACGGGCGCCCAAGGCCAAGCCGAGGGACAGAAAUGGCAGAAACAGCGACCGAGGCAAUCGCCCCGGCGCAAAAGCGGCUCCGGUGGAGGAGAAACAGCCUGGGCCAGACGAAAUCAAGGCUGAAGAGGAGUUGCGCCAGCUUCUCGACAAGUUGGAUGCCAAGGAGUUGGACUGGGCCAGUUUCGAGUAA